GAAGUUCCCUAUGAUAAACAAAAAUCUGAUCGAAAUUCUCUUCAGUUCUUCCACAAUCCACACAUCUUUUACAGUAAUUUCAUUCGCACCAUCACUACGUUGCAUCAUGUGUGGAGGUGCCAUAAUCGCUGACUUCAUUUCGCACAUGCUGACAACCGAAUGCCUGUUGCCGGAUCUGGAGAAGAAACCUGGCUCAAAACCGGGAUGGGGAACACGUCAUGUAGGUGCUAUAAUUUCUGACUUCAUUCCGUGCAAACGGGUUAAGAAGGCGAUCACCGCCGACUAUUUGUGGCCGGAUCUGGAGGAGAAACCAGCUGGGUCAAAACCCGGAUCGGGCAAACGGUACUCAAAGCCGGUGAUCGAUUCGGAUGAUGAUUUCGAGAUCGAGUUCCAGGAGUUUCAAGAUGAGGAAUCGGACAUGGACGACUUUGAUGAUGAUAUCGAUGAUGUUUUGGCGGAUAUAAAGCCGUUUGCUUUCCCUGCUACAGCGAAGCUCCCUUCUAGGGUCUCUCGGGAAAUGGAUGCCCAUUUCGAAAGAGCAAGAGAAUUGAAAAGGAAGAGAGAGGAGGAGCCAAAAGAUGUUCGCAAGGGCAAGCGUCCCGCCUCUGCUGAUGAUGAUACUCCACCGCGUCCUUCAAUGACCGGCGCCCCCCCUGGUGGCUUCAUGUCUGAUGGCCGCAAGACUACCCGCCGAGGUGUCACCGAUCCGGUCACUCAACCCGCUCUGUUCUCUCCUGCCGGAAGACUUAAGACUAGGGAAGCUGCCCAUAACAGGAACGGGCCUCUACCUCUGCCUCAGCACUCCAACAGGAGAAGCCAAAGAAAGGGGCUAGAGCGAUCAUGGACGACUUUAUGAAGAUUCUGGGGGCUUGGAUAUCUCAAGUCAUUAAGAACGAUGAGACGAGGGAGCAGGAGGCUGUUGCUACUUCGUUAUCGAUUGCUUUUAUGCUAGUUUUCCUAUUUUUAUUAGGAUUUUUAUUUUCGUUACUUUCCUAUUUAAGACCUGUUUGGUUUAGCUAUUAGAUUGCAGUACAAUUGAUGCCUAAUGGUGAAUGGCAGAUCCUGUUGUUGUUAAGAGAGUGCCGUGUUUGGAUACAUACAUAGCUGGUGGGUGUUCUUGUUGAAUUGUUAAAUUACGAAUAAGACAUAUAUAUAUAUAUAUAUAUUAUGUUGAUUGCAUAAUAAAAUAUAAUAUUUUUA